UUGAAUAUCAUUAGUGCAAUUCAACGCGGUAUAUAAAGAAAUUAUGGUGUUUGGCAAAACAGUUGCAAUCUGGUCAUUAAAUCAAUAGUUUUACGAGUAAAUCACUUAAUAGUAAUUUUUUUUUUGGUGUUUUUAUCCACGUUUAUCGGUAUUUAUAAGUAACUUUGUGUUAAGUAAAUCUAAAUAAUAAUUAUUACUAAAUUAUACUCGUUUAAGUCUCUUAGGCCAUACUGCCAAAAAAUGCACGUAGCGACAUACAAUUGAUAAAUUUUAUUUCACGUAAACUCCAUCCAUCAGCUAAUCUGUCUGUGGGCUUUAAGACAGAUCUAAAAACAAACAUUAAAUUGAAAAGAUAAAAUAUGUAGGUACCUACAUGGUGCAUGAUAUAUAAGAAUUCAGGAAGACUGGAUUUAGAUUUAGAUGCAGUUUAGUUCAAAAUGGAUAACACUAAAGGUUCUGUUUCGAGUCGAAAAUGUGGUUUCGACACUGCGCUAGAAUUAACAGGGUUCGGGAAGUACAAUAUAGCAAUGCUAAGCUCAUGCUGCCUCCUCAUCCUGGCCAUGUACCUGGACAUCUUCGGGUUCUCCGUGAUCCUGCCGGCGGCCGCAUGCGACCUGGCGCUCUCUACUAGUCAGCAGGGGCUGCUGUCUGCUGUGCCUCUCAUAGGUGUAAUGGUCUCUUCAUACGCAUGGGGCCUGUGCGCAGACACUCGUGGACGACGCUGGACCCUGCUACUAGCGAUGCCUAUCGGAGCAGUUCUGAAUCUAUUAGCAAGCAUGGCUCCAGGCUACCAAAGUCUGGCAGUACUGAAGUUCCUAUCUGCUGGAUUUACAUCAUCAGCCAACGCAGCAGCCUUUGUACUGGUUGGCGAGACCACACCUGCGAGACACCGAAGUCGAUUCAUGUUCCUCAUGGCCAGUGCUACCAUGCUGGUUCAAUUCAUCAUUUGUGUAUUCGCCAUCCCAGUCUUCAACUUAACCUUCCGCCACCCCAUCUCCUGGCUGUCCUUGGACUACCGGCCCUGGCGGCUGCUGAUGCAGAUCAUCAGUGUCCCCGGCGUCGUCGGCUGCGUCGGCAUGCUGGGCCUGCUCGAGAGCCCCAAGUUCCUGCUCAGCAAGGACCCGGAGCAAGCGCUGGUGGUGCUGAGGAGCAUGCACGCGUGGAACGAGGCUGGGAAGACGUUUACUGUGGACGCGGUGUAUAUGGAAGAGUCCCUGCAAGUGGAAGCUUCCUCCUUCCUCCGUCGGAUGUGGGACCAGACGGCGCCACUGUUCAAACCGCCUCUGCUCAAGAACAACUUGAAGCUGUAUUAUAUUCUUCUGUGCGCGUAUAUGACGUCCACCGGCUACACGAUGUGGGUGCCAACAAUGACGAAUGCCUACUUCAAUGGCGAUGAUAGUUCUGGACAGGCCUUCUGUACUGUGGCGAGCAAAGCGGCUUCAUCCUCUAGCUCCGAAUCAACAGACUGCGAUAAUGUAAUUCAAUCUCUGACUCUCUACGCCGUGAUGUGUUACUCCGGGGCAUCAGGAUUCCUGAAUGUCCUGCUCUCUUUCUUGGUUGGUCCGCUUGGAAAGAGAAGGACAACACUAUUAGUUUUUGUCAUUUCUGCAGUAGCAGGAGUCACCUUGCUGUUUGUGAAAAUUCCACUGCUAAGCAUUGCUUUGUUCUACAUAUUUUUGUAUGUGGCACUGAUAUUGGGCAAUGUUAACACUUAUUUGGUGGAGUUGAAUCCUACAUAUUUAAGGGGUAUGGCAACCUGUUUAUCUGUGGUAGUAGCACGUGGAUUCGGCUUCUUCAGCGUACAGCUCAUAGCCCAGCUAUUAGCAGACCACUGUACUCCUAUGAUAAGUGGUUACGUAGUGCUGGUUGCAAGUGGUCUAGUCGUUGCAUUUUUUCUCCCUAUUGAUGUAAAAACGAAAGAUGUCAAAAUGGUAGAAAGUCCCAUAGAAGAGGAGAAAACCAAAUUUUAGAGAAAAAAAAAUAUUUAUUUCAUUUAUUUAUAUUUAUAUGUUAUUAGUUCUACGAAAUUAAUAAAUAUAAGAAUGGUUUUUAUUCCACUUUUAUUUUCAUAAAUCAUUUAUGUCUUUUAAGUGUAUUUUAUGUACUAAAGAACGGUAUUAUAUUUUGAACUAUUAAAAAUAAUAAGGAUUAUGAAGAUGACAUGCUCUCAGUCAGA